AUGAGUGGACAAAUUGAUCUUACAGAAUUCCUCUUUCGUCGCUUGCACCAGAUCGGGGUGAGGUCAGUACAUGGUGUCCCCGGCGACUACAACUUGACAGCCCUCGAUUAUGUUGAACCUGCUGGCCUGCAUUGGGUCGGAAAUGCAAACGAAUUGAACGCCGGCUAUGCCGCAGACGGCUAUGCUCGAAUUCGGGGAGUUUCUGUCUUGGUCACCACCGGUGGUGUUGGCGAGUUGUCUGCCAUCAAUGCUAUUGCUGGUGCAUAUGCUGAGAUGGCCCCUGUGGUGCAUAUCGUCGGCACUCCCCCAACGCAAGCCCAGGAUGGUGGUGUGAACCUGCAUCACACACUCGGGGAUGGAAAUUUCCGGCAUUUUGCAGAGAUGGCAGCCAAAGUCACCGUGGCUCAGGCCAACCUCAUUGAUCUUGCCACAGCAACGGCUUCCAUCGAUAGAGUGAUUCAGGCGUGUGUUCUGAAUAGUAGACCGGUGUAUAUUGAGUUGCCGACUAAUAUGGUAAAGGCCAGAGUACCAGCCUCAGACCUCGACAAGGCUCUGGAUCUGACCAUGCGCUUCACGGAUGAAGGAUUCGAGGAUACGGAAGUGGACCUUAUUCUCGAAAAGAUCUAUGCGGCCAAGCAGCCAUUCAUUAUCGUUGACGGCUUUACCAACCGCUUUGGGAUCACGGAAGAGGCGGAUGAGCUCGUCCGGGUCACUGGAUUUCCCACAUCAACAACACCGUUCGGAAAGGGGAUCAUCAACGAGACAUACCCCAACUUCCAUGGAGUGUAUGCUGGUCUGGCAGGAAAUCAAAUCUACAACCCAUGGGCCUACGGCACGGAUUUGGUGCUGCGAUUGGGGCCUUUGAACAGCGAUGUGAAUACAUUUGGGUUCAGCACUAUUCCUGACAAGCACAAAGCCAUUACAUUUGACCGUGAUUUCGUCGAGGUCACAGGAACGAAGUACACAAAUGUGCACAUCAAAUCAUUACUUCGCAGGAUCCUGGACCGGCUGGACACGAAUAAGCUUCCUAAAUACGACCCCUAUCCCGAUCUAGGCAUUCCCUCUGAAGAAUUGAAGAGCCUUCCACCCACGCAGCCCGAGGAUGUCAUUGAUCAGCUGACGUUCUGGCGUCGGAUCUCAACAUUUUUCCGUUCGGGAGACAUCGUUUUGACGGAAACGGGAACUCCAUCGAUAGGUGGCCGUGAUUUCGUUCUGCCUCCGAACACGCGCCUCAUCAACUCAUCCAUCUGGUUGUCGAUCGGCUACAUGUUCGGUGCAGCGCAAGGAGCAGCACUAGCAUUACGCGAGCUACUCGCCGAAGGCAAACAGAGUCAAGGCCGCACAAUCCUCUUCGAGGGAGAUGGUAGCUUGCAGAUGACAGCUCAGGCGUUCAGUGACAUCAUCCGAAACCGACUCGACAUUACGAUAUUUAUUCUCAACAAUGACGGAUAUACGAUUGAGCGAUGGAUCCAUGGGAUGAAGGCAGGGUACAACGAUGUCCAACCAUGGAGGUACCUGGAAGCACCUAGUUACUUUGGAGCACCCAAAGACGACCCUGCGUAUCCAGUGUUGACCCUGCGGGCUGCAAACUGGGGUCAGCUACAAGAGAUCCUAGCAGAUCCCCAACUUCAACAAGGGAAGGGCCUGAAUAUUGUUGAGGUGAUGAUGGAGAAGGAAGACGCCCCGGAGGUGCUGAAGAAGUUGGUCCAAGCUGUAACGGAACGGAACAGUGGCGCCGACAGACAGGCGGCGGUAGAGGACAAAGUCGAGACAGCAGCUGGCUAG